AGGAGUUAAAGCAAAUAAAACGGAAGUGCCCAUGUUUGCGUGGCGUAGGAAAGUAAUCAAAACAAAGACGUAGCGGCCAUUAAACCUGAAGUGUACCAGCUACUAACCUGAAGUCAUCGCCCAAGUUCUUCGAGAGCAGCACCACUCACAUUCGUCGGGUGAAAAUGAAGGAUCCUGGGCGCAGCAGCAACACUCCAAACAUAAUCAACAAUGAUGUCAUCAUCAGUGGUCAGUUCCACAAUGAUGACAACCCUUUUGCUGAGUACAUGUGGAUGGAGAAUGAAGAGGAAUUCAACCGACAGAUUGAGGAAGAGCUUUUGGAGGAGGAGUUCAUUGAGCGCUGCUUUCAGGAGAUGUUGGAGGAAGAGGAGGAAUUUGAGUGGUUUAUUCCUGCAAGAGAUCUGCCACAGACCAUCAACCAGCUGCAGGACCAGCUCAACGGAUUGGUCAUUGGGGAUGGCAACAUUACAGAGGACCUUGUGGUGAACAGUAACUUGAACCCCAACGCAAAAGAAUUUGUUCCUGGUGUUAAGUACUGAAUCUCAGCAUCUCGGUGGAUGUAGCACAUCACCACACUGUGAAGCCAGUAUUAGAAUAAUCAUUGUGGAUGCUUUUUUGUCACUGUGUUACACUUAUUGCAUUGCCAAAGUUUUCAUUAAGUCUUGCAUGCUGAAGUGCUGAGAAUGUUACAUUUACAUAUAAAGCCUUUUAUUUUCAGAAACCCUUAUUGGUGAUUUCAUACCAGUGGUAGAGGCACCAGGGCAAUACUCAUUCAAUCCUUGCAGAACAUUCAUUGUGGUUGCCUUAAUGUGAGCUAUUUUCAUGAUGCACUUCAUUGCUAAAUUUAUUUUGAGGUUAAUUCUUUGUGAUGUUCAUAUUUCAAGUAGUUAUGAAAGGCUAAAACUGAUUAAUUCUAACUGCAAGUACAAAAUGUUUUAUUAGGGAAUGUGUAGAAAAGGGAAGAUAAAAUUCUCAGCCAUUCCAUACUUUUCAUGUGUUUAAUGUGUAUGUUGUUAGAACGUGCAUAUUUGCAAAUGUUACUUGAAUUUCUUUGUCUCCCAUUUCUGAUUUCUGAUAAAUGUAACAUUUUAUUUUGAAUGUUUUAAUGAAUGCAAGUUCUGAAGACAUUAAAAUAUGCCUUUGUCAUUUUCACUCCAUCCCUUAACAUAAAGACGAUUUUCUUAUCUGUAAAACUAAUCUGAAGAUGGCUGUUAGGAUAGUUUUUGCCUGGACAUUAUGAGCACAUCUAGUAAUCAAGUCAUAUUUUGUUUUCCCCAAUCAGAUCUAGUGCCUGUUUUUAUUUGUCUUAUUUUAAAUUUGAAAGGUGUUUGGUGUUGGGGAUUGUUUUGGUAUAUUCUUGUCCAUUGUUUGAGCCUCUCUUGUUUUCAUUGCAAACACUAAUAUUGGCAAGUCUGCAAAACGGCACUUAUUUUCUUUGACCAACCUUUGUUUCUCCUCUCUCAGAACAUGGUAUUUGACACUGCCUCAUGUGUUAAAUGUGAAUAGUGUUGAAAAAACAAAACGCACAAAAAAAGAAUAAAAUAAAAAUAUUGUAAAAAAUAUAUUUUUUCAAAAAUAUUUAAGAAUAAACAUUGGUGGAAUAGA